AUGUAUUCCGACAAGUAUUUACUCAUUUCUCACAUUGGACACGCUUGUCGACUUAAUAUUGAUCAAGUGGCUGAAUACCCUCGUUCGACAUGUAUCGCUUCCGAUGGUAUUACAAAAAUGAUUAAAAAUGGGAUGAAUAUAUUGAGGCUAAAUAUGGGGGUCAUAUCCAGGGAUAUGUGCCGUAAGACCAUCAAUAUUGUUCGUGCUUUGGAUGAGCUUUCAAGUUAUCGAAACUGUACUGCAAUCGCUGUGGAUUUAUCGGGUCCUGAGACGACUGUGGUGUUUCAAGAAGGCGACAAAGUGGAGCUAACUAUGGACGAAAGUGUAAAAAAUAAGUGUACAAAGGAACGAAUAUACAUAAACACUUCAGCAUUUCCGCAAAUGAUUCAUCAUCUUUAUAAAGGCGAUCGGAUAUACUUUGGUGACGGUCUUAUUUGCCUUAUCGUAAAAGAGGUCGGCAUGGACCAUAUUGCAUGUCUGAUUGAGGAGGGAGGUCCGAUUGCUGGUUGUCAACGGGUUGUUUUGCCUCGUGAGCGGCUAUGUCACCGCUGCAUUGAAGCCAAUUACACGAAAGACUUGGCCUUCGCCGCUGAAUGCGAAGUUGACUUUGUAUUCACCAGCUACGCAGACAACGCUCAAAUGAUCUUGGAUGCCCGAGCACGACUGUCUCCACACACGAGAAUCUUUGCCAAGAUCGAGACCAGAGAGUCCGUACGCAAUCUUACUCAACUGAUUGAACACUCGGAUGGGCUUGUUGUUUCUCGAGCUGAUUUGGGUAUUGAGUUCCCACCGGAGAAGAUAUUCAAAUUGCAAAAAUACAUAAUUGCACACUGCAAUGUAGCGCGGAAGCCUGUCUUUGUGAUUGCUCAACUUCUAGAGUCCAUGUACAAUAAGCCCAGACCAACACGUGCUGAGGCAUCUGAUAUCGCUAACGCUGUUCUUGAUGGAGCGGACGGUCUUAUUCUAACCAUUGAAACCGCGGAAGGCAUUUAUCCUUAUGAUGCUGUGAAGUUUAUGUGCCAGAUUUGUCGCGAGGCCGAGAGAGCACGCUUUCAUAAGACCAUUCGUGCUGAACUUAAUGCCUGUCGACUGGCGCGGGGUCUUUGCAGACAAAACGCCUCCCAUGUCACAGCGUUGUCAGCUGUAGAAGCAGCGGAAAAUAGCCACGCAAAGGCCAUCUUCGUCAUCACUACGAGUGGAGCGUCGGCCAUCGCCGUAGCCUCCGCGGGUCCCUGUUGUCCGGUAAUCGCCAUCACACGCCAUCCUCGAGUGGCUCGUCAGUGUCGGGCCUACAGCGGCCUCUUUCCUUUCGUCUACACCGGCAAACAACUGGAAAACUGGUCGGAAGACAUGGAUCUGCGACUCAACACAGCAAUUGAUGCUGCCCGUGCUGAUGGUAUUGUCCAUCCGCGUGACAAUGUCAUAAUUGUCACGGGCUCGAUGGCAGGUCCAGGAAACACCAACACAAUGCAAAUUUUUCAGGUUGGUUAA